AGACAGACGCGUCACAGUUUGUCUGAUCUUUUCCAAUUUUUCCCUCUGUCGUUAAUCUCGCCAGCUAUCGAUGUCAACAAACAUGCAGGCUCAUCUGUCUGUACAGACACAACUUGCCUCGAUAAUGGACGUGCUUGCUAGAGCAGCCGUUGACGAGAUAAGUCAACUCUUUUCCGAGAGCUCGGCUGAUUUGCAGUUGGAGAUUUCUCGCAGCUACAAAGAAAACGAAGCUCUGAAAAUGAGGAUGAAGGUGAUGAAGAACGAGCUUUUCACCCUGCGACUACAAAGGGCGAGUACACCGCGGGGCAGUCGCUUUUCUUUCAGCAGAACUUUAUGCAGGCCUCGGGGGAAACUCGCAGAUAAGACACCUGAGCACCAGACAUCCAUUUACAGCAGGGAUGAUGCCCCAAUUACAAUAGGGGAAGAGGAGAUACCAUCCACAGUCAAAAAAGAGUGUGCAGAUGUGGAGAGUCCAGAUGUCAUCUUGAUAAAAGAUGAGGAGGGUCCUGAGGAUGACUUUGGAGGAUGUGGGCCAGAUGCAGGUCAUGACGAUAUUUGUGGUGAGAAUGUUACCAUGGUGACACCACAGCCGGAACAUGCCACCCAGAGACUAGGUCACGAUGAGGGACCAUACAGCAUGAAUGACCCUCACGGUCAUGGUCGAGGUGAAGGAGCGCUGUGCAGCGUGACCAGUACUGAGAACUACCCUUUCUUCAGAGCCCCAGAACUACCUCAGAGUUUGCCCUCACACUCUGGUCUGCUGCCGGACCACACAAUCAGCCAUCAGAUACAGCUGAAUACUCAUUCUAUUGGGGAACCACUGCAAGGCAACCCCCAAAUGAGGGGUUUGCAGAGUGACAGAGGGGGUCUGCCGAGAGGGGAUACAGGAGGACGGGGUCUGAAAAUCGUACAGGUAGCUUCCCUAGAAACCACCCCAACGACCCCAACAACAACCUUGGUAACAGGGGGUGUGACUGUGAGGCGCCCUAGUCUUGUAAACCAGUUCCAGCGACACCACGUCCCCCAUGGUACCAAGCCGUUGUUCUGUAGCGACUGUGGGAAGCGCUUCUCUCGCCGGCUUGACUUGAUCCGCCACCGAGCGGUCCACACAGGAGAGAAGCCUGUCAUAUGCAACCUGUGUGGGAACUCGUUUGUCAACAAGACGACACUGAGGGUCCACAUGCGUAUUCAUACAGGGGAGAAACCUUACAUGUGCUCCCUGUGUGGGAAGGGUUUCACCCAGAAUGGAAGCCUGACCAUCCAUCUGAGGACCCACUCUGGGGAGAAACCCUACAGCUGCUCCCACUGUGGAGCCUCUUUCAACAACCCCAGCAACCUGCGCAGACACAUGGUCACACACCCAGAGCAGGCAGGGACGCUGACACUCUGACACCGAAACUCUGUGGGGCUUUAGGUUCUUUAUUUUUCUUCAGCAUUCUCUCAUUCUUGUUCUCAUUCUCUCUCUCUCAAUUCAAUUCCAUAUAUGCUUUAUUGGCAUAAAUGGGUUGUUGCCACUGUGGCCAAAGCAAAGUAUAUGAAGUAUUACAUAAAUUAACAGCGUUUUUGAGCAAAAAUAAUAAUAUACAGUGAACAAAAAUAUAAACGCAACAUGCAACAAUUUCAAAGAUUUUACUGAGUUAUAGUUCAUAUAAGGAAAUCAGUCAAUUGAAAUAAACCCAUUAUGCCCUAA